GUGUUCACAUGUCAACUUAAACGCAUUUGUUUAGCAAAAGUUGUUCGAUCGGCAGUAAUAAUAAUAAUAAUGAAAAUUCAAACAAGAAUACGGCUUGUUCUGUCGUUUCUCCUUUGUUCAAGCUCGUGUCCUGUCCAUUGUGACAUUGGAAAUGUGGGCCACUACUCGCAAACGUUAGUCAAUUCCUUUCUGGAUUUAUACACAGAUAACAACGACAGCAUCAGCAGCAGUAGCAGCAGACCUAGUGAAACAAUGGCUCCUGAUAAUAGCAAAGCUAAUUUCGAACCCAUUGUGCCUACACACAUAUAUCCUUAUUUACUGCUGUCGCUAUGGGUAACAUGCAUAACCUGCAUAGUCUGUUGUUGCUUAUACUGCAAGUGCCAGCAAGCGGAUAGUCUGACCGCGUACAACUUAAAUAGCUUUGAGCUCCAGGAAGUACAUGUCGUGGAUCAUCCCUUACCGCAUGUCAAAGGAUGUGUCUGCCUUGGUUGCUUGCAGCGACAGGUAGCCAAGGAGCUGCAGCAAAAACGAUCACAAUAAAAACAAUUGGCUAA